CGUCCAGGACAACACAUUGCUGGGAAUAAAGACGACGGGAUCCAGAUACCCAAACAUGACAGACCCAUUCUUGAUGGAUCAUAUGACCAGGCUAAAACUGAAACUUUUGGAAAAGAGAUUAGAAAAUGAGCGAGAGAUUGCGGAUGAUUCAUCUGAUACAGAACCUGUUACAGCAAGGAGCUAUGAUGGCCAGGAAGAGGCUUUACAGUCUGCACUGCGCAGGCGAAAGGAUCUGCUGCACAAAUUACGGGAGCAACAACUCCUUGAUGAGAUAGCUAGGCCUCAUACCUGGGAAGGAACACGUAGGAAAAAAAUAAAUGUAGAUCAAGUUCCUCCCAUACAUUUCUAUCAUACAGCACCUCCUCCAGAACCCCCGGUGCGCUUUUAUCCUCCACCUCCUCCACCUGAACCACCAAGGAUCAUCCAACAACAGUUACCCCAGCAGCCAACCACUAUAAUCCAGCAGCUACCUCCACAGCAGCCGCUGAUCACUCAGAUUCCUCCUCCACAAGCCUAUCAGCCGCCACGGUCAGGGAGCAUCAAAGAAGAUAUGGUGGAGAUGAUGCUUAUGCAGAAUGCCCAAAUGCACCAGAUCAUUAUGCAGAACAUGAUGCUGAAAGCACUGCCCCCUAUGGGUUUAUCACAAGCUGCCGGAAAUGCACCACAGUCGCUACCUCAGUCACAACAAGACCUUCAUAUUGCCAACCCUGUACUUUUGAAAGCAGAGAAGAUCCGUCCAUCAUCAGUACACCAUCACCACCACUAUACACCACCGGGCCUUCCGCCUGCGCCUCCUACAAUGCAGCCAGCAAUUGGCUAUCCAAUGUGGCCUCAAAUGAUGAUGCCUUCAAACAGCAUGGGGCAAGCAGGAGGGUUCCCUCAGGCCGUGCACCAUGUUACCGGUCCAACAACAACACUUCCAGCAAUGCACAUCAAUGGAUGGAAUUUCACACAGACUCCCGAGCGCACUAUAAGACCAUGAGCUGAGCAAGUGAUGUUUCUUACAUAACACCCCUUGUUCAGCCAGGAGGUAACUUUUGAAUGGGCACACAGCAAUUCACGUGGGAAGUCUGUUGACCACACAGCCAUAUUCUCUUCUAAAGGGAGGAAAGUCUGCUCGGUGAUUCAGUCGAGAGAAUUGCUUGAUGCUCAUUAAUUAGUGAUGAGCGAAGCGAGAUUCGGAUGCUACAUCCAAAGUCGCUUCGUUCAAAACUUUGGAUUAAUACUGUACAGAGAUCCGUCUCCGUACAGCAUUAAAAUGUUAUUCAGUUAUUCGCGAAGUCGUGCAACACUUUGUUGAAUAACUUCGGUAGUUGAUGUUUAAAGUGGAAAACCACUUUAAAACUUGGAAUCCAACUCGGUUACGAGGUACCAGUUGGAACCAAAGCCGAGUUCUGUAGCAUCCGAAGCUCGAUUUGCUCAUCAAACAAUGUAUGCCAAUAUAAUAACAAAGGCUAUUGAAUGUAUACAAACUAGUUGUUUUAUUUGCAUGACAUAUUGUAAUAAAUUGUAAAAAGCUGAGAUUUCUACUAUUUUUAAAUUGCAACAAAAUUAAAGAAAAAAAAUACAAACAAAGCAAUUGCAUUUCUGAAGUCUGUGAAGGAUGUCCUUUUCUGAAGAUGGAUCAUGGUCAAUACAAUUUUCACAGAUCAUAUAAAAGAUAUUAGAAAGUUCAAUGUUACUGUGUUACUAACUACAUUAACUACAAUUAAAUUAUUGACUAAAUUACUAUUUUCUAUCAGUUGUGGUUUAACCCUGAAAAAAAAAAAAUUAUCUGAGAAGGUUUGCACCUGCAGACCCUUUGGAAUGCCGUCUUUUAACGAGAAAGGGUUUGAUUCCAAGUUCAGAACUUAGUUGAUAAAGGUUUAUUCCCAUUUCAAACAUGUAUCGUGUAUCCACAGCAGUGGAAAAGGGGAAAAAGUCGCAGAUUGCAGCGCAAAUAACCUUUGCAUCACAAUCUGUGACAGAUAUACGCCAAAGCAUGGUGUAUAACUUUUUCUAAAUGUCACCCUGUUUUUUUGUUAUAUGCUGGGCUGGUGUACAACUUGUUUAGCUACACAGAGAAGGAGACUCUGCUGUACUUUGCUAUGCAGUUAGGCAUUGCAAUUUUGUUUUUUGAAUUGUGGCCUGUGGGGAAACAUAUGCAACUGCAUGGCAUAUACUUGCACACCUUGCAGACAGCAGUUGGAUGUAUAAGGCUACAUGCACACGACCGUAUGUGUUUUGCGGUCCGCAAAAAAAAAAACCAGAUGGCUUUCCAUAUGGCAUCCGUUUUUUUUG